AAUACAAAUUAUUCGUCGAACGAUGGACUUACGUCAAAUCUUAUUGCAGACAACAUCCGCUCCCUUGGGACGAUACCCUUUGCGAUUGGUUCUACAGAGUUCACAAAACGGUUGUUGGGUAAACGUAUCAAACGAAGCCGCCUGGUGAAGAAAACCGGUGAGGUGAACGUCACCUACAACAACGUGCCAAAACUGGAAAGACAGUUUAUGAGGGACCUCUUCACGACACUCAUCGAUGUCAACUGGGGUUGCAGUCUUUUAAUCUUCUGCAGCUUGUUCGUCUUCACUUGGGUGCUGUUCGCUUUGAUCUACUACGUGUUGUCGUGGACACACGGCGACUUUGAUCAGUCAGAGAACGAUGGCGGGAAGCCGUGCAUCAGGAACGUCUACGACUUUGCCUCCAUCAUGCUUUUCUCCGUUGAAACACAGCAUACAAUUGGCUACGGUAAAAGGUACAUAACCACAAAUUGCUCGUCGACAAUUGUCGUGCUGUGCAUCCAGUCUAUAUGUGGCCUGUUAAUACAGUCAUUUGUUGCUGGAAUCGUUUUCGCCAAAUUGGCCAGACCCCGAAAAAGAGCCGAAACGAUAACGUUCAGUAAGGACGCGUGCAUUUCGUUAAGGAACGGCCAACUGUGUUUCCUGUUCCGGAUCGGGGACAUGCGCAACACGCACCUCGUCGAAGCUCACGUACGACUGCAGAUGAUUCGCCAGGCAAUCACUGAAGAGGGAGAAGUGCUGAUACUGCACCAGCAGGAACUGGACUUGGGCAUCAAUAAGGGGGCAGACAGACUGUUCCUCGUAUGGCCAACUACCGUGUGCUACGUCAUCGAUGCGAAAAGUCCCUUGUAUAAUUACUCAUGUGAGAGCACGGGCAUGACAGCUCAGGCGCUGACUUCUUAUGUGCCGUCGGAAAUCCGAUGGGGUCACAGAUUCGAGAAAUUGGUAACGUUCCAGAAACAAAACGGUGACUAUCAGAUCGACUGGAGUUAUUUUCACAGGACAUAUGCAGUUCGAACGCCAUUAUGUUCUGCUAAGGAACUUUCAGAGUACAAAGUGAGUAACUCGCAUCCAGAUCAUGGUGAUUACCAUCUAUCUGCCCUGGUCUGCUGCACAUUCGAACCUGAAUGCAGCGUCUGUACAGAAACUGUCAUUUUUGGCGGUCUUCUGACACUAAAAUGA